GUCGGGUAUGGUUGAGUCAAGAAUUCGUCACCUUAUAUCAAAGUUGGAAAAUGUGGAGAAUCUAAGCUUGGCACAUCCUUUUGUAAAGGGGUUUGAUAAGGUUUAUAAUUCUGCACCAGAGCAAGAGGCGAAUGAUAUAUCACAUGGAAUAUUUGAUUCUAAAUCAUCCAGCGAUAAAAGCAGCAGCAGCGAAUCAUCCCAAAACGGCACCGAAAAAAAUAUCGGCCAGACUCUUUAUACUACAACAUUCUAUGUUGGAUUGUUAAUAAAUCCACGAGAAGCCGGCUCAACGUCUCCUCGACAGUUAAACAUUUCAUGGCCCACUCAAGAGUUUAUGAAGUUGGUAAGAAGUUGGGACAAGUUCGAUGAAAAAACUAUGGAUAUUACAAUAAAAUAUGUAAAAAGUGCCGACCUACCACCUGAAGUCUUUGAAGAAGGAGAGCCACGUCCGACGAAGCUUAAACGUUCAAAACCGAGUAGCAAGACUGAACAACACACCACAACGUCAGAGCAGCCCAGUAAGAAACAUAGAACAUUUGGUGAUACUUUGAUGCAUGAAACAGCUGCAAACACCACGUCUGAACAGCCAAGUGAGAAACGAACAUUUGACGAUAACAUGAUGCAUGAAACAGGUGCAAUCAAUACGGCGUUUGGUGGACAACUUAGAAGACAUGUAGAAUUUGACGAUAAAAUGGUGCGUGAAAAAACAGACAAAAUCACUUCUAUUUCGGAAUCAAAUAGAAAUAUCAAACCCACUACCCGCACAUCUACUUCAUGUGACAUACCAUCAUCAUCUUUGAACGCACGAGACACAAGAAUAAGCCAGUCGAUGGAGAGUGCUCCCUUAGG